UCCAAUUAAAUCAACAAAUUGUAUCAAUUGAUUAUAUUAAAUACAAACUUCCUUGAAUUUGAUUAAGUAAUGUAUUGCAUUCAAUUGCGUCAACUCUAAACAACAUUUUUCGGCAAUUCGUAACAUAGUGUGAUCCAAAAAUAAAAAAGUCUUUUGAAUCAAAAUGGAAUUGAAAGAUUAUAAAAAGCUAGAAAAACUUGGAUCUGGCAGCUAUGGUAUUGUGUAUAAGGCGCGUGAAAUAUCAACCAAUAACUUUGUCGCAAUGAAAAAAAUUAAUUUAGAUUUAUUGGACAACGGUUUGCCUACCAACUACAUACGUGAAAUGUCCGUGUUGAAAUCACUUAGACAUGAAAAUGUUGUAACUUGCUUUGGAAUUAUAUGGGAUGAUGAUAAUCAGAUCUACUUGAUUUUCGAAUAUAUGCAGAUUGAUUUGCAUGCAUACAUAGAUCAGUAUGUUCCGGCCGGCCUGAAAUUACGUGAAGUUCGCAAUUAUUUGUAUCAAAUAUCAAAAGGAUUGGAAUUUUGUCAUAAACGGGCAGUAAUUCACAGGGAUCUUAAGCCGGAAAAUAUAUUAAUCAACGAAUAUGGCGUGGUUAAGAUUGCUGAUUUUGGACUGAGCCGUCAGAUAAGUGUACCAAUACGAAUUUAUUCAACGUAUGUCGUUACAUUAUGGUAUAGGGCACCGGAAUUAUUACUUGGAAACAAACGCUACGGCUAUCAGUAUGGAUAUGGAAUUGACAUGUGGUCGAUUGGGUGCAUUUUUGCAGAAAUGUUCACGGGGAGCGGCCUGUUUCAAGGAGAUUCAGAAGUAGAUCAAAUACGUAAAAUUUUUAGUAUUCUGGGAGCACCAAACGAAGAUCAGUGGCCAGGCGUCACAGAUUUACCAAAUUAUCCGGCUUCAUUCAAAGAACCUAUCACGGAAAAAGGUCUCGAAAAGAAAGUUUUACUUCGUGGUGCUGGAUUGCAACUGCUCGAAAUGCUGUUGAUCUAUGAUCCUAAUAAGCGAAUUUCUGCUAAACAAAUGUUGACGCAUCAGUAUUUUAGUGGCAUGGACCCCAAAAAACUAUAUCCUCCACAUCUUCAAGGAAAUUAUACAGACUAAUGAAUAGUUUAACGUUUAAAAAUUGAAUUUGAGCAGAGUGUUCUUUCAUCUGCUUGGACACCGAAAAGAUGCGGUAAUUUAAAUAUGUCAUACGGGUCAAUAUUGCAUACACAUCAUCAUACUGAGCUAACGUGCUAGAUACAAAAUGUAUUAUAAAAUGAAAUUAUAUAAGAAAAAAUGU